UUAGGCCUCGUUGACGACGGGCCUCUCGAAGGCGGCGGAGUACGUGAUCUCGAAGGUGGACGAUUUGAUGAAAUGGGCCCGCCGCGGGUCCAUAUGGCCGAUGACCUUCGGGCUCGCCUGCUGCGCCGUGGAGAUUAUGCACACCGGCGCCUCGCUUUAUGACUUCGAUCGCUUCGGUGGAAUCUUCCGUCCCAGCCCUCACCAGUCCGAUUGCAUGAUUGUCGCCGGAACGCUCACCAACAAGAUGGCACCUGCUCUUCGCAAGGUCUAUGACCAGAUGCCUGAGCCUCGAUGGCCAUGGGCAGUUGUGCAAAUGGUGGUGGGUAUUAUCAUUACUCGUAUUCUGUUGUACGCAGCUGUGACAGAAUUGUUCCCGUCGACAUCUAUGUUCCUGGAUGUCCUCCUACAGCCGAGGCUCUACUUUACGGCGUCCUCCAGCUCCAGAAGAAGAUCAACAGGCGCAAGGAUUUCCUUCUUUGGUGGACCAAGUAGAGGAGGAGUCCAUAUUAUCAAUGGAUCGCUUCUAUGUAUGUGCUUGAUAAAAGCUACUAUGCUGAGACUCUCUCACUGUUUCUGUUUUGAAGGCAUCACAGAUAAUUUUCAUCCUGCUGUAUGUACUAAUAUCAUUUUAUGAAGCUAAAACCCUAAAUAUUCUGUGUAACUCAAUAAGUACUGUUUGUUCUUGACCAU